CACGAGGCAGAAGAGGGCAUCCUCAGCUGGCCCCUCUCCUCUGCCUCCUCUUCGUCUCUACUUUCUUCGUCUUGUACUUUUGGUUGCAACCGCCUUGUGCUCUUUGCGAAUUCUAUUGUCGCCCUAACUGCUUCCAUGUCCGGCUUCCAGUACUUGAUCGGUCCGUCGAUGCUCUGCCCGCCCUCUUGUCUACUCGAGUACCCUCCCAGUGCGUACGAUAGCUCUCCGAAUCGCUGUCCAUGCUGCUGUUGUAGCUUUGCUCUUUGCUGCCUCCAUCGCCUGCACGAAAAGAGAAAGUGUGCUAUUGAUUCUAUGCACCCGCAAUCGCACGCCGCUGUGUCUGUUGCCUUGAUUUUGUACAGAUACUUGUUGAGGAACGUUUUACCCGUCCGCAGCUGCGUGAGGAUGGCCGCUUCGGUGCUAUUUAGCUGCCGGUAUAUUUCUGCCAACUUGCCUAGGUGGAACGCUGCAUCUAUCUUCUGCGUGAACUUUCCCGUUUCUGCCCACUUUGGUGGGGGCGGUCCUGCUAUUACGUUGGCUCUUUUUAAUGCUAGCCGUGUUAGAUACCACGGUUCACCGUCGCGCUGCAGUGGCUGCUCGCUCUCUUCUUUUGUUGCUGCCUUUGCCAGUCUGUUAGCCCGCUUAUUUCCCUUAAUCCCCGCAUAUCCUGGGAUCUAAUACAGCGUGACGUUGGUUAUCUAUAGUUUCUUGAUAAUCUCUGCCACAAUAUCUUAACACGCGCUGGCUCGCCAACUGCGCACCGAUAGCAGCGCCGACUGCGCGUUAGAGAAGAUGCGGAUGCUCGACGCUGGUACGGGCUGGCCGUCGCUGUUAAGCGCUACGUAAGAUGGGCCCUACGGCUAGUUGGUGGCUUUACUAAUUGCUAACAGUUUAGUAAAGUGCGCGUCCGCCUGCUCGGACCUGGCUAC